AGUUAGAGUUAACAGGAGUAAAUCCCGUCCUUAGGCAUUGGAUACAUGUCUUGCUAAGCUGCAGGAAGAUCAAAGCGCGAUGUGGAUUAGGCAUCGUAACGAGGAGUAUGUCAAGUGAACUCUAAAAAGUGAAAUGGUAUCACCUCUGCUCUGCACCUUUGCAGUUAAGAAGUUGCUCAAGAUGUUGGAAGGGGAGCUGCUAUGCUUACAGCCUAUUCGGACGACACCUCAAUCACAGUGGGCGUUUGGAUCAAGCCAAAGCUACGAGAGGACACUUUACAGCUGAAACUUAGCACUAAGCACCUGGGAACUGUGUUGAAUAGCAAGUUGUCGAGAAGACUCAAUGUAGAGGUGCGAGUGAAUAUAGAAUCAGCGGCUCUAUAUACGACAUGUAAAAUGAUGUUGCGGGCUUUAGUUUACUGCGAGAUAAGAAAGUCGUAUAAACUACCAAACUAUUACAAUAUCUUCAAAGCAACAAAUUUUUGCUGUAAAAAAGGCGGCAGGGCCAAUGCAAUGUGCUGGUAUUCAAAGGAAGAUAGCUAAGCGACCAUAAAGA